AUGGAUAUUCCCAUAUGUCCACGGGCCCGUUUUUUUUUUCCCAAUGCCGAAAAACCUGCCUCCAACAUCGUUCUCAGCCAGGAGAAGUCCAAGGGCAACGAGACACAGGCGGGCUAUGCCAAGGAUUACCGCGUCAAGGUAGAGAAUGAACUGCAGAAGAUCUGCGACACCAUCCUGAAGUUGCUGGAUCAGGGUCUCAUCCCUAAGGCGACACAGGCGGAGUCCAAAGUCUUCUAUCAGAAGAUGAAAGCUGACUACUACCGCUACAUUGCGGAGUUCCGCAGCGGCGACGAGAAGAGCAAGGCUGCCGAGGAAGCGCGGAAGGCUUACGCCGAAGCCGCAAAGGUGGCCAGUGAGGACUUGGCCGUCACACAUCCAAUUCGUCUUGGCUUGGCCUUGAACUACUCGGUCUUCAUGUACGAGGUGCUGAAUGAUCCUGAUGAGGCCUGUAAGAUGGCGCGCACCGCCUUUGAGGAUGCCAUUGCUGAGCUGGACAAUGUGGCAGAGGACAGUUACAAGGAUUCGACUUUGAUCAUGCAGCUGUUGCGAGACAAUCUGACCCUCUGGACUUCGGACCAGGAGGCCGGAAACUAAUCCCUUCCCAUGAAGGGAUAGACUAAGAUCGCGCUGUCAGCAACAAGACCCAUUCGGAGCGGUACAACGGCUCUGGAUGGCUGGCGUGCGAGAGGGAGAUGGGGGGAACCUGACAGAGCAACACACAAAAAUGCUCAAAAGGA